AAUUAGAAGUGGUGAUUCCGUGCAUAUGCUUUUGAAUUAUUUCAUUAAAAAAAUCUCCACAAUGAUACCUUUUUUGCUUGUUGGUCUUUAGAAUUGUCCUAUAAAUCCACCCCACAAUCCUUCCCAACUUUCUUCCCCCUCUCCCUUCUUCUCUUCCUCAGAUCCUUAGGAUCAUCAUCAUCACCUCUCUUGAUUUCUCAUCUUGAUUUUUGCUACAAAAAUCCCCUCUUUAUGUUCUUCCACUUUUCAAAUUCGUAACUUAUCGCGUGUUAUCACUACAAAAUCAACAUUAAUGUGCAACCUAUUGUUAUUAGUGUUGGAAAUACAUGACUCCUCAAAUCCUCAGUGAAUUGUUUCUUUCCGGGUUUAUGAUCAAUUCCACAUAUAGGCGUCGAACCCAUUUAGUUCAAUCGUUCUCAGUCGUCUUCCUCUACUGGUUUUAUUACAUUUCAUGAUUAUUGUUAUACCGUUUAUUUUCGCUAUAUUACUAUAAACCACCUUUACAAUAUUAGUUAUAACUCAAUAUCUAUAUUUACAUAUCAAUAAAUCAAUAUAAUCCCACCUAUAACAAAUCUAUUAAUUAAUGGCGUCCAGUAGUACCACUACAGGAACUUCAUCAGGCGGUUCUGGUCCCUACCCUAUUCAGGGUUCGGGUUCCGAAAAAGAUCUUCAACACGUGAUGGACCAGAGGAAAAAGAAAAGAAUGAUAUCCAAUCGCGAAUCGGCACGGAGAUCAAGAAUGAGGAAGCAAAAACAUCUGGAUGAACUCGCGACUCAGCUGAGUCAACUCAGAAAAGAGAACAAUCAAAUGAUAUCAAGUGUCACUAUCACCACACAACAUUAUAUGAAUGUGGAGACCGAGAAUCGGGUUCUGAGAGCUCAAGUGGCGGAGCUUAGCCAACAGUUGCAGUCGCUGAACGAGAUUAUCGCUUUCGUGAACCCGUGUGUCGACUCGGGUUGCGGGUUUAUGGAGGAGCAGUAUGGCAGUGGGACUGAGUUUGUUGACGAGUUCAUGAGUAACUCACUGAGUUAUGUUUAUGCUAACCAGGCGAUUCUGGCUUCUGCAGACAUGUUUAUGUACUGAAUCCGAUGUGGAUCUCCUCGGAAUCUUAAAAAAAAUAAAAGAAUAAUAUUUGUUGGUAGGUGAAACAAGGUGGGGUUGAUGUUGGGUACAAAGAACUAUGAUUGCAAUGGGGUAUUUCACUAUUUCAUGUUAAUGAUAUUAUUGUCACCAGUAAUGUUGUUUUAUGAAUGCAAUUAUUAUGUUUUCUUUAA